AUGUUCCGUAAGAAGGCCCACUCGACGCUCGUUUCAUCCGUGGUGGAUGCCGUGAAGAAGGUGAACGACGCGGAUGAACCCCUCCGGCACGUGUUGCGUAGUUACAGGGAAGCAUCAGAGCCGAUGUCAGACUUGGACGAAUGCCUGGAGGGGCGGGAUGGAAGCGACAAUAAAGAGAAAUCAUCCGAAGGGACGACACAGCGGGCCACAUCGUCGGCGGCGAGGUCACCGGCUAUUCUCACGUACAAGGGCUUUGCCGCUUCCCUUACAUGUCCAAAGAAAUUUCACCUGCUGCAAAACCAUACAGACCUAACUAGUGAUAUCUCUAUAGCGGAUGCGGUACACCUCGACGACGGCGCAGCAUUCAACGAGCUUGCGCGGCGGUGGGAUCGGCUGCAGUUUGGGAGUCGUGCUGUUGUAGUGCAGGAGCAGAACUUUGAAGAUGCAGUUCGCCGCUCGGAGGAAAUUCUGUUGAAAUACUUCCAGACUGUAUACGCCCAACUGGGUGACCAAGCUCCCGCUUUAACAAUCCAUCGGCCCGCGUUCGCGACGCCAUUUGGGGGUCAGAGUAGGGGCUCACAGGAGCAACAAAAGGUUCAGCAAGGAGGAAAGAAGGGAGCGGCUGACAUUAUACUGCGGGCGAGACCAGCGGUGCUGCGGUUCCGACCCAAAGACAACCAGUGGGUUAUCUUGGAAACCGCCUCCGCACUUGACCCAGCAGGCAACCCGGUACGACUUGCACAGUACCUGCAAAGGUUGCACUUCACGACAGUUGCCUUUCGCUACUGGAUAACGCAACCACACAUCCCAAUAGGUAUACGAAAGAGAUUCCUGGAUAUUGACCUUGACACCGUCACUGAAAAGAAUCUCAAGGGUCAUCGACUGGAAACUGCUGCAGAGGUCGCGGUGCCUUUGGACUUAAAACGCAGUGGGUUACUGCACAUUCGGCAAUUCUUUCCCGGACCCGUUACGUUGAUGGACUGCGAUCCGACUCGGCUUGUGAAAUAUGUACAACGGCUGUCCCUCGAGGAUAUGAUUGACGCGGACAUAAAUAACAGCCAGCGAUCGGGCAGCGCAUUCGGCACGGGUGAGUUUCCAUCCAGUGAUGAGCAGGACAUAACUAAAUUACAGGCCGAGGUGGAAGCCAUGCAGGAACGUGGUCACGGUCGCCAGCAAUGGGCUGGCAGCACCUCCAACCGAACCGCGAAGAAGAGGGAGGUGGAGCUGCGGAAAUUAUUCGCAAAGCAACAGAAACUGGUGGAAGCACUGAUUAGUACUCGCACUUUGCGGCUUGUCGAAAUGGGACGAGAGCCUGCGAAUGCGCAGAAGUGGCGUGCUUUUGCCAGUGAUACCGACGCUGUAUUGAAGGCAACAUUUGUUGAUGAGGGCGAGAGUGGGAUGUUAGUGGACGACCAGGAGGACAAAGGCAAGAAAGGCAAAGCUGCCAAGGCAAAGCAGGGGCCGACGGCAACAGGUAAAGGUGGAGGUAGACACUGUGCUACUCAGAUACCAUGCGUUCCGACUUACUCGGAGUUUAUUGGUGCCCACUGCUCGCGGGGAGAUGUAUGUCCCUUUUUUGCUGAGGGUCUUUGCUUACCUAACAAGUUUGAUGAACCGAUUCGACAGCGUGAUAAUCACCUUUUUACCGUUCCGUCUACCGCUGUUUCGAGAAAGACUACAUGGUGGUUACAGGGCCUCCGUACGGUCCAGGACGUUUUGUACCAAUACAAAAAGGGUGCUGUUAACCUUACUGCACCACAGUUACGAUACGUGAAGGCUAUAACAGCGGGUAAAGUAUUUGUCAACCCCAAGGAAAUUGAAGAUUUCUUCUCGCGCAUCCGCUAUCCGGCUUUUUUAAUCGACUUUGAGGCAACGCAAUUCGCGUUACCCCCGUUUGAAAAAGUCGUUGCAUUUCAGCCUUUACCAUUCCAGUUUUCUCUUGAUGUGUUUCAGGAGGAUGUUCUCAACGAAACGCCAACGCACUAUGACUUCUUGCACUUCGGUAAGGGCUACUCUCCGAAUGAAGACCCGCGGCGUGCAUGCAUUGCGGAACUAAUGCACAUCGUGCGGAAGGAGCGGGCGAAAAAACGGGAUGCGAUGACGGCGUCUGGAGAACUAGCGAGGUUAGAGAGGCUAAAAAAGCAGCUGGAAGAAGAGGAGUUUGCAGCAGUCACCAACGCGCGGCGAGGUCGUCGCGCAACCAAGGCUCGGGGACCCAAUAUUACUAAAAAUAAUCCACUACACGAACCCGUCAACUUCUACGAUGGGUGCUUCAUUGCCCACUUUGCCAGCUUUGAAAAAUCUUGCUUGGAGAAAUUGGGGCAGUUGGUGGAUGAGUACAAGGAGGAAAUCAAACAGUUCUAUUUCCUUGAUACACUUGACUUGUUUAAACGAGGGUUUGUUCACCCCAACGCGCAUGGCUCUAAUUCACUGAAAAAGGUUCUUCCGGGCUUGUGUCCUGAUUUCAAGUAUGGUGUUUUUGGUGGGGAUGCGGCUGGUGACGUGGUUGAUGCAGGUGAGGGAGAAGGUAGUGGUGGUGGUGGGCGGCAGGACGAGCAGAAGGGCGAAAAUGCCAUGGGUGUGUACCGCUUGUGGUAUCACCACGAAGGUGGAGGCUCAUUAAGAGACCUCCAGCAGACAGUCAUGCAAGACGAGCGGCGCCGCGGUAUUUACGAGGGCAAGAACAAAUUGGACACGAUGGUGCAAGCCGCCCGUCCUGAUGUCCGGGACAAGGCGUGGGCCAUGCUUCGGAUCCAGUUACUUGAGUACUGCUCUCUGGACACGAAGGCGUUGUACGAGAUUAUGCGUCAAGUGUGGCUAGAGAAGGAAUCUGCGAAGGGACUGAAGCCCGACAAGGGUGGUUGGGUAAUGACAGACCCGCUCCCGCGCGAAUACCGGCUAUGA